AUGGUAGGUCUGCCACUGUUUGAUGAUUUAAUUGAUAUCUAUGUAAACAUGUUGCUGAUCCAAGGAGAAACUGAUUUCCAUUAUGGAGUCAAGAAGGAAUUCUUUUUUUGUGUGGCAUAAUUAGACAUUAUUUUGCCUUCUUUUGGAUCAACAGCAUAAAAGAAUGGACUUCAGGGUUGAACUUGAUGGAGUUUGAUCUUUUUCAUACUAGACAAGUAUGUAACUUUUCUGCUAUAAGUAGAAUGUGGGUGUGAGAAGAAUGCAUGCUUUCAGUGGUGGUUAGAAGGAUUGCCAAGCAGUCUAGACAUUUUCAGACUCCAGUUUUAGAUUUUUUCCUAGCGCUUCCAGGCUCACUGAAUACCUAGGUCAAUGUCUAACACAUAGUUUCUCUCUAUAUGUCUCAUAGUCUGGUCUUUAUUACUUGUGUUCAAAUAUAUAAAACAAUCUUAAUGUUGUUUUGUUUAUCAGAAUUUCUCUGAAAGUUUAAGAAAUUGGGAGAUUUCGCAGGGAGAUCUGGUGUGCCCAAACAUGUCCCCUUCUGCACAAGUUCCGAACAGAGGUAUGUGUUUCUGAUUGUUUCAAAAAAAUAAAAAUAAAAACACAACAAAGUGGUUACUGAGAAACCCAGAUACAUCUGCAAAAUAUUUCACAGUAUCUUCAAACUACUAUAUCAGUUGCUGCAGAACUACUGGGAAUAAUUGAUUAUUGAAAAUACAGUUUGACUACUUACACUGGGGGACACCAGGACAUUCCUGGCACCAUAAUUACUGCAAUGAGCUGUAGGGGUUAUAAUGUUUUGAGUGUUCCUUUAAAAUAGGAUAUUGCAUAGGCCCUUCAUAGAAAAAUAAUUAAAAUAAUCAAAUUUAUUAUGAAUCAUCUUUAAAUAUUUUCUUUUCUUUUCUCUUGGUAGCAGACAGAGUAAAGCCAGCAGAUGUGAAAGUUGUUGCAGCUUUAGGAGAUUCAUUGCCCCAUAUGCUGGCAUUUUAGGUAUAGUUUGUUAGGCUAUGCCAGUAAUAUUGCUGCUUACAUUCAUUGUAACUGGAAUUUUAAUCUUUAGGCAGGCAUUGGUGCAAAUGCUACAAACAUUUUGGAGCUCCUAACAGAAUUCCGUCAAUUCUCUUGGAGGUAAGUAAAACAUACACCCUCUAAACUAUUAGCUCUUGUAACUAGAAUUUAUAUUACUUAUUAUUCUUCCUCAGAUAGUGUUCUUUCUUGUGUAUAUGGAGCUCCUCAUAAUACUUCAUCAGGAAUACAGCAUCGAUUAUUUACAUUAUUGUGUGAUAUCGUUACCUGUCCAGUACUUAAUAAAAAAAAACAAUGUGCCUUUUUUACAUUUAAUUGAACACUGACAGUUUUUAAAAGUUUCAGUUUCAAUAGAGAGUUUUUUUUCGUCACAGAGCUUAUGGAAGCGAUAGGUGCGCUGGACUAGAGUAUACCUGACUUCUUCCCUCCUCACUGAGCUGUACUACAAUUCAUUGAAAUGCUUUGAAAAGCCACAUACACAUGAGCCUGCUGCUACAGCACUGUGGCUUCUCAAAUUUUAGACUGAGAAAGAGGGAAGCGCUUGCAAAGGCUUCAGACAGCAGGUCUGCAGUUUUUGAAAGCUGGUGUUUCAAAUACCCCUAAAGAAAACAUGUGGAAAAAAAAGAAUGUUUUAUUUUGUGGGCAGAUCUACUAAAUAAAAAAAAGCAAAAUAAAUAAAUAAAAAAAGCAAAAAAUAAAAUAAAAUAUUUUUUUAUGGAUUUCUCCUGAUAAAAUGUAUUUUAAUAAAAAGUUUGUUAACAAGUUCAAUGCUAGAAUUCAUACUUUAUUAAGCCCUGCACUUUAAACGCACAUUAAAUGAACAUUAAUUGUUCUUGACCAUAGCAUAAACUAAUUUAUUCAAAUGGUUCCACACUUAUUAAUCGCUACUCAGAAUGCAAUAAUGGUAAUCAAGCCAUAAAUACUUAAUGAGGAAAGGUACAUUUAUCCUUUACCAGUUGUCUAUUUAGUCCUGGGGUUUAGAUGUUAUUAUUAUUCAAAUUAAUGGUUACUAAUUUUAUCAAACUUCAAAAGAAUGAAAGUCCUAGUUGAAAUGCGUUAUAAUAUACAUAUAUUAGUCUAUAACACUAAAAUUAGCACACACACAAAAAAAAAAGUACAUUCCACAGGUCAAUGUUUUUAUAUGCUGCCCAGCAAUACGUAUACAGUAUGCUGUAUGUGUGGUAGAUAUGGUAAACCUACUCAUGCCUGAAUUUGUUUAACAGUGCCGGGGGCUACGGGAACCUCUCAGAUGCUGUAACUCUGCCAAGUAAGUACCUCAACUCAUUCACUUUCACAUAUACCUGCACUCACAGUACAAUUGUUGUCUCAGCUGUCUCCAGUAAAGCCUGUCUUUUUUGAACAGAAAUAUUAUUUGGAGGCCCAAAUCCCAGUAUCUUUAUUUUCUACAAAUUGAGAUUAUUGGUUGUGUGAGUGUAUCACAAACUGCAUUUAGUGUGGUUGGGAUUUAGUUUUAUUUCAUUACGGUGCCUGGCCCACUGUCUCAGAAACUCAGAAGUCAUAUUUUGGCAAGUAUAACACAUGGUUUGGAAACCAACAACUGCUUCUCAAGGACAAGUUCCAUUACCCUGAUCCAGACUCUGAAAACUGGAAAUUGUAGUUUUAUAAUCUGAAAGGAACACAAACCGAUCAAACCUAUGCUCAUUGUAUUUAUAAUGCAAUCAACAGACACACAGAGUAUGGACCAGAUUCACUGUGAUCUCACUUGGCACACAGAGUGCUCAUUUACCAGAGACACCUGAAAGCUCACAUUGUUUUCCUGGCACUAUAGUUUCCAUUUAAGCACAAAGUUGUUGUUUUUUGCCUGGUACUAUAGUUCCCUAUAGUGCCCUUUCCCCCCGCCCAUGGUGCAUGUGGCGAAACCAACCUCGCCACUGUGAACUGGAGAAGCCUGGUUGCUCGCCUGCUCCCUUUGGACUAUGGCCCUGCAGGUUAAACCGUUUAUUUUCCCUGCAGAAAGGCUUAUUCGUGCCUUUCUGCCGGGGUGUUCGGUAGAUUCCAACUACCGAACGGGGGACCACCGGGGAGCUGGAGUGUGCCGCCAAUUGACCGCCCAGAAGCUGCGGUUAACCGCAGCUUAAUUGAUGAACGCUGGGUGGCCUUUGUUCGUUUGCUGAACACGUGGCAGUGGCCACUUUAAGUCCCGAAAGGCCAGCGGUGCUCAGCACUAACACUGUGGAACGGAAAACGGACACUUCCUUGCGCCAACACAGCUGAGCCGUCCGCCCCCUGGUUCCUAUUCGUGCCCUUGGUGUCGAACACCGGUUCAGUCGGUACUUUGGGAUAUGUGAAUAUGUUAACCCAGAUAGCUAAGCCAUGGAGCCCAUUCGUGUAACGAAGGACUAUGUGAAAGACUUUGGCUCCAUGGCAUUUAAACUGUAUGUAUGUGAUCUGAGUGCCAUUCAUCUAAUAAUGUGCGCUCAGAUCUAACCUAUCUGGGAAUAUGUAGAAAUGUGUGUCUUAUGUACUAAAUGUAUCAGUAUGCAAUUUUAUGUCUUUUACUGUCUUUUUGUCUGCCAUGUGGGUAAUGGAGUUUUACCUCUGUCCUUGGAGAUAAUUAGAUUUCUUCCCCAAUUAUCUCCAGGGCAGAGAGGAGGGAUUGUGAGGCAUUGUGGGAGGUAACUCUUGUGUGAUUGGUGUAUUGGGUAAUUGUUGUAAAUCCCUCCCUUGCAUGGGAGAAUCCUUUGUAAGCCUGUUGUGUGAAUAAAUCAGUGUUGUUCCUGUUUAACCCUCAAAGUGAAGUGUCGUCUCAUUCUUGGGGGGAAUUUGACUGUAUGCCGAUUGCCAGGAGUGUAAGCUGUUCGUAGGGCUUUUCUUGUUUGGCUGCUUCCAGGGUUCGUGUGUCUGCUGUUCGAGAGUUGGUGAAUACGUGCAGUUUGGAGUUCGGGAGGUUGAUGAUUGCAGUAGCUGCGGGUCUAUCUGGAAGGGGAUUAUCGCCUAAACGGUUUUUAUCCCUUUGUGAGCGAAACGGUCCGUUACAAUUGGUGGCAAGCGGCGGGAUCGUUCCUACAACCAGAAGGACAGCUACAAGACAACACCAGUGCCUGGAUUACAAUUGAGAGCAACGCUAGUACACAUACAGCGACCCUAUGUACAAAGUAACCAACUUCGACAGAGCAAGCAUGGCACCCCGCUACACGCAGGAGGCGUUUGACAAAGAGUGUGCCUCGCGGCCGGCUCUCGUUACAUUUGUCCCCUCUGAGGAAUUUGUGCAGUUCGUAAGGAGCCAGGUAGACGAGUACCUGCAGUUCAUGGCAGAUCCAGCCAAAGGUAUAGGUCACCCUAUCUGGUGGCAGAGUGCGUUACGGGGACUCAGAGGUGUACCCUAGGGAGCUGAAGGUGUCGUCCUUCCUCCCCAGCGGCAGAGUAAGUCCCAGGGAGCUGAAGGUGCAGUCCUUCCUCCCCAGUGGCAGAGUAAGUCCCAGGGAGCUGAAGGUGCAGUCCUUCCUCCCCAGCGGCAGUGUGUAUCCCAGGGAGCUGAAGGUGCAGUCCUUCCUCCCCAGCGGCAGUGUGUAUCCCAGGGAGCUGAAGGUGCAGUCCUUCCUCCCCAGCGGCAGUGUGUAUCCCAGGGAGCUGAAGGUGCAGUCCUUCCUCCCCAGCGGCAGUGUGUAUCCCAGGGAGCUGAAGGUGCAGUCCUUCCUCCCCAGCGGCAGUGUGUAUCCCAGGGAGCUGAAGGUGCAGUCCUUCCUCCCCAGCUGCAGUGUGUAUCCCAGGGAGCUGAAGGUGCAGUCCUUCCUCCCCAGCGGCAGUGUGUAUCCCAGGGAGCUGAAGGUGCAGUCCUUCCUCCCCAGCAGCAGUGUGUAUCCCAGGGAGCUGAAGGUGCCGUCCUUCCUCCCCAGCGGCAGUGUGUAUCCCAGGGAGCUGAAGGUGCAGUCCUUCCUCCCCAGCGGCAGUGUGCACCCCAGGGAGCUGAAGGUGCAGUCCUUCCUCCCCAGCGGCAGUGUGUACCCCAGGGAGCUGAAGGUGCCGUCCUUCCUCCCCAGCGGCACAGUGUCCUGCAGGGAGCAGAGACCGUCAGUCUCGCACCCCAACCACAGGACAAAAUAAUGAAAGGGGAGACAGCUGGUCCCCCUCUCCACCAGCAGAGAGAGUGUCAGGGAGAGGAGCCUGAUACCCCCUCUCCCCAGCGGCAGGUUACAGUUCAGAGAGAGGAGCUUGUUACACCCUCUCUCCAGCGGCAGCCUAACCCAGCAAGGGGAGAUGUUACACCCCCCAACAGUGCAGAUGGGACCGUAGUCUCUGCACUUGCAGCACAAGGGGUAGGGACGGUCGGUCCUGUUCCCCAGCCCCAGAGCUGUGUACCCAGAGGGGAGACGGUCGGUCUCCCCCUCUCUCAACCAGGCUCCAACCAGGCUACUUCAGUGGUAGCGCGAGAGUGUCAGGGAGAGGAGCCUGCUACCUCCUCUCCCCAGUGGCAGGGUACAGUUCCGAGAGAGGAGCUUGUUACACCCUCUCUCCAGCGGCAGCCUAACCCACCCAGGGGAGAUGUUACACACCCCAACAGUGCAGAUGAGACCGUAGUCUCUGCACUUGCAGCACAAGGGGUAGGGACGGUCGGUCCUGUCCCCCAGCCCCAGAGCUGUGUACCCAGAGGGGAGACGGUCGGUCUCCCCCUCCCACAACCAGGCUCCAACCAGGCUACUUCAGUGGUAGCGCUGGCACCAGGGCAGAGUACUGCUGGUCUCUGCCCACUCAGCAACCCACCAAGGCAGUCUACCAGCCCCCCCCACAGCCGUGGUGAGGCACCUGGACAUGGACAAAGUUCUCCUCUACCCAGGUGUAGUAACCAGUUAUUGUGGGUGGGCUGUACUGCUGUUUCUGUUUUGUGGGUGGGUUGCUGGACUAACCAGGGCACUGACCGGCAGGAGGUCAGAUACCCUGUUAGUCUAGUUGGUAAAGGGGAGAAGUGUGGCGAAACCAACCUCGCCACUGUGAACUGGAGAAGCCUGGUUGCUCGUCUGCUCCCUUUGGACUAUGGCCCUGCAGGUUAAACCGUUUAUUUUCCCUGCAGAAAGGCUUAUUCAUGCCUUUCUGCCGGGGUGUUCGGUAGAUUCCAACUACCGAACGGGGGACCACCGGGGAGCUGGAGUGUGCCGCCAAUUGACCGCCGAGAAGCUGCGGUUAACCGCAGCUUAAUUGAUGAAUGCUGGGUGGCCUUUGUUCAUUUGCCGAACACGUGGCAGCGGCCAUUUUAAGUCCCGAAAGGCCAGCGGUGCUCAGCACUAACACUGUGGAACAGAAAACGGACACUUCCUUGCGCCAACACAGCUGAGCCGUCCUCCCCUGGUUCCUAUUCGUGCCCUUGGUGUCGAACACCUGUUCAGUCGGUACUUUGGGAUAUGUGAAUAUGUUAACCCAGAUAGCUAAGCCAUGGAGCCCAUUCGUGUAACGAAGGACUAUGUGAAAGACUUUGGCUCCAUGGCAUUUAAACUGUAUGUAUGUGAUCUGAGUGCCAUUCAUCUAAUAAUGUGCGCUCAGAUCUAAGCUAUCUGAGUAUAUGUAGAAAUGUGUGUCUUAUGUACUAAAUGUAUCAGUAUGCAAUUUUAUGUCUUUUACUGUCUUUUUGUCUGCCAUGUGGGUAAUGGAGUUUUACCUCUGUCCUUGGAGAUAAUUAGAUUCCUUCCCCAAUUAUCUCCAGGGCAGAGAGGAGGGAUUGUGAGGCAUUGUGGGAGGUAACUCUUGUGUGAUUGGUGUAUUGGGUAAUUGUUGCAAAUCCCUCCCUUGCAUGGGAGAAUCCUUUAUAAGCCUGUUGUGUGAAUAAAUCAGUGUUGUUCCUGUUUAACCCUCAAAGUGAAGUGUCGUCUCAUUCUUAGGGGGAAUUUGACUGUAUGCCGAUUGCCAGGAGUGUAAGCUGUUCGUAGGGCUUUUCCUGUUCGGCUGCUUCCAGGGUUCGUGUGUCUGCUGUUCGAGAGUUGGUGAAUACGUGCAGUUUGGAGUUCGGGAGGUUGGUGAUUGCAGUAGCUGCGGGUCUAACUGGAAGGAGAUUAUCGCCUAAACGGUUUUUAUCCCCUUGUGAGCGAAACGGUCCGUUACAGUGCACAAGGGGUUAAAAUCCCUUGAUGCUGGUUUGGGCUUCGCCUUUGCUGCUUCCAGCGGGGACCUGUGCCGAGCUAGCAUUAGCACUUUCUCAAUAGGAAAACACUGUAUAAUGCUUUCCAAUGGGAUUCUGGGUGACACUGGAUGUCCUCAUGCAUAGCGUGAGGAAGUCCAGCAUAAGUUAGGUGACCAAAAGUAUCCUAACCACCAGGAAGUACCUCUAGUUCAUAAAAAAACUGCAAUAAUUACCAUUGCAGGGUUAAGGGACAUGGGACACUGCAUCCCGACCAUUUCAAUGAGCUGAAGUGUUCUGGGUGCCUAUAUUGUCCCUUUAACCUGCCAAAUGUCAGGGUUCUAAUUUAGCAGACAGUACACUUACCAAACAUAUGUCAUCCUUUAAUGGAUGCCUAAUGCACUCUUGUUAAUUCUCAAAUCAUAACAAACGGUACACUUCUUGGACAGAUGGUGCAUGCACUACAUGCUCACUGAAUCAUGGGGCACUUAAAGCACAACCUCAUAUUCUUCACACCCUGAUUAACACUGCUCUUUGUAUCACAGAUAUUCUGAAGCGUUUUAACCCUGGCAUUACCGGGUUUGCCAAGAACAGCACAGUUUGUUACAAACCACCCCUAUUGGAGGACUCUGGACUGAACUUGGCCAUCACUGGAGCCAAUACCUUGUAAGAAAGACCUUCAUUGUAUUAAAAAAAAUUAAACAGUCCAUUCACAAAAAUACACAGAGAAUCAGUUUUAAAUUAGUUUUGUGUGCAGAGAUCGAGCAGAGACUCUCCUGAAAUGAAUGCAUGCACUGGUUAGACAGCACUGAUGGCUGCAAAAAUAUAUUGUCUUCUGAUAUACAAUGUUCUUAAAUGAUCAUUAAAUCGUAUAAACCAAAACCAAACAUAAAAAUACCUCUAUUCAGAAUUAGUAUCUAAGAAUACCAUCUAUGAAAAAUCAUAGUCAUCCUUUUAUAUUUUGGGCAAAUGAUGAUCUAUAAUUAAGUUCAAGCAGUAAAAGUGAACAAUUAAUUUGUGAAAAAUUUAAUAUAUAUUCUACGUCUACUAAAUGUAAAUAGAAAAAUUACCUGAUGAGCUUUGAAAAAGCAUGGAUAUUUUUUGGAUUAUCUGAUAACUGCUCCUCAACACAAUGGAACAUAACUGGUAAAUGCCUGAAUUCUGGAAUGUUGGCAUUUCUUGAAGCCUGGGUUUGGCAAACCAUUCAUACUGAUGUCAGUUCCACAUUCACAUUAAAACAUAUAAGGGUAUGCACCAUUACUGAUUUAAAAUUUUAAACAUAUUAAACUGAACCACCUGUAAUUUCAGUUUGCUGCCACAAGAAACAAGACAUCUAAUUGACACAAUGAAAUCUUACCCGGUAAGUUUUUUUUUUUUAACUGUUGCUUUUAUACUUUCAAUGUUCUAAACAUUCUUUACUCUGUGGCCUUUCAGAUUAGGAAAAGCUCUCCUUUCUAUGUCUUUUCCAGGGUAUCAACUUUCUCGAGGACUGGAAGGUGGUCACCAUUUUUAUUGGAUCCAAUGACUUAUGUGACUUCUGCAAAAAUAAGGUGAGUUGUGCUAUAAGACUCAUUCUCAGUUGAAUUAUAAACGAGGGCAUGGGAUACUGAUCCAGCAAGGUUGGUUUUAUCCGCUUGGAACACUGCUUGUUCAUCUUUCAUCGAGGGCCAGAAAUAUUAUUUAUUUUAAUAUUAAGUGUUUUGGUUUUUUUGUCACCUUUUUUCUAUAUUUGGAAUCACAUUUUUUACCUAUAAUUUAUAUGUAUGUGGUCAUUGGUUAUUUUUCAUUUUAAGCAUAAAUGCAUUUAUUGGUGGUAAGUAGACUUGUGCAGGGUGAAACAUGUUGCUUCUUUUGAAACAUUUUGGGAACAGAAUUUAAUUAAUGUCACUGUUCAGUUGAUCAAAUUCUGGUACCAAAAUAUUCAGGAAGGUCUUUCGGAAAAAAGGUGUUUGUGAAAGGAAAAAGUCAGUGUGCGAUUGGCCACACACUCACUGCUUCUACAUUAAGAAGAACUAAGCUUUCCCACAUAUUAAGUCUGCCUUAAUUGAAAAAAUACAAUUAUAGAAAAAAUAUAAAAAAUAGCUCACUCACUUCUUUUCUUUAUUUUUUUGAAAAAUUCUGUUUAUGUAUUAAAUGACUCUUGAUGUAUUGGAAUGUUUCUCUUCUCGGGUGGAAAGGGUUACCAGUUGCCUAUGCCCAAUUUUUCCUGAGAAAACGAAGUGACCAUUGCACAGGAAACACUGCAUAGUGCUCACACACUUGUGCAGCAAACACUGGACUGAACACUUAGAAAAGAAAUAGGAUUUUAAUUCUCUAAACAGUUAACAAGAAUAUUUAUCAACUUUAUAUUGGUGACCUAGGAUCAGUGACUAAAUGUUUGCCAAUCUCCCACUCUGAUUGUUUCUAACCAGAUAAAGUAGAACUGCUAACCUAGUUGUGACAAACUCCCCUUCUCACAUGAGUUUGCCAAGAUCUAACCAACCUCCUGCCCACAGACUAUGUGCCAUACAGGGAAACCUGUAAAAGACUACUGAAGUUGACUGACCGUUAGCUCUGAUUUCCCUGGAACUGUUUUGGGCACAGGACUAUGCGUGCGGUCGGUCAAAACUAUGACUUCCAGGAAAUUCCUGAACCCAGUUAGCUUUAAAUUUGUUUUUGUGUGAAAAAAAUCAAAAAAUGAAUAUUUGGCCAGUGUUUGUGUUGAAGUGGCUAUUAAAAAUGACUGGACAUACCUAAUUUGCAAUACCUUGGGUUGUCUAUUUUUACAAAUGGUAUGCCAUCAUGAGGGUAAUUCUCAUUCCUGGGCUACCAUAUGGUCUCAAAGGCAACAUUACCAAACUGGCAAAUUUCAAUGUGAAAAAAAAUGAAAUGCAAGCCUUAUAUUUGACUCUCUAACUUUCCAAGACACCAUAAAACCUGUACAUAAAAGGUACUGUUAUACUUGGGAGACUUCACUGAACACAAACAUAAGUGUUUCAAAACAGUAAAACAUAUUACAACAAUAAUAUCGUCAGUAAAAGUGCCGUCCGUGUAUGAAAAAUGCAAAACACUCGUUGUAAUACAAUUUAUCAUUUUGAAACACUAAUAUUUGUGUUCAGUGAGGUCUCCCGAGUAAAACAGUACCCUCCAUGUACAGGUUUUAUGGGGUCUUGGAAAGUUACAGGGUUAAAUAUAGUGCUUGCGAAUUAAAUUCUCUGCACUUUCUGCCUGGGUUGUCAGGUAUGUCAAUCAAAUUUUAAUUAAUAAAAUCACAUAAUUAUGCUAAAAGAUUACUUAAAUAUACACGUAGAAUUUUAUUAUGUAUACAUAUAUAUGUAUUUAAAUUCUACAUGUAUACUUAUGUAAUCAUUUAUGUAAUUAUAUACAGUUGCAAGAAAGAGUAUGUGAACCCUUUGGAAUGAUAUGGAUUUCUGCACAAAUUGGUCAUAAAAUGUGAUCUGAUCUGCAACUACAGGAAACGUUUGGUUGAAGUUAUUGCUGCCAAAGGAGGUUCAACCAGUUAUUAAAUCCAAGGGUUCACAUACUUUUUCCACCUGCACUGUGAAUGUUUACAUGGUGUGUCAAUAAAAACAUGGCAACAUUUCAUUCUUUGUGUGUUAUUAGUUUAAGCAGACUGUGAUUGUCUAUUGUUGUGACUUAGAUGAUGAUCAGAUCACAUUUUAUGACCAAUUUGUGCAGAAAUCCAUAUCAUUCCAAAGGGUUCACAUACUUUUUCUUGCAACUGUAUAUUUAUCUAUAUAAAUAUAUUUGCGGUUAUUUGUAUUUUAUAUAUAUGUUUUAAGGCCAUUUGGCCUGUAUUUGUGGGAGGGGCUUAAAUUAAUUCACUCCCCUAUAUAAGGGACACCCCUUACCUGACUCAUAUCGCUUGAGGUCAGCAUCAGAAUGAUUUCCACUUCCGGGUCAUCCAGACGCCAUUUUACCUGAUUACUCCAUGAGGUUUUCUAAGCUGAGCUGUGUCAGGAAUUCAGCCACAGGCUUUUCCGGCCUUCCACCUUCUUUCUUCAAUCUAUCGCUGUGGAUGGUGUCCAAGUGACUCACAAACUGUAAGUCGACCUACCCGUUACGCCAGGCAUCAGUCCCACGGCACCAUGCAUGGGUCAGGUCCUCACUUUACGGCUGCAUUUGGUCUAAAUCUGUUCUAAAACCAUUGGAUGUUCAUGCAUAUCAUUCGUUUAAACUCACUUGUUUAUAUCUGUCACUGGCUUAUUUCGAGCAUUAGCCUACUCCCAAACGGGAACACAUUCUGUUUCAAUUGCCUAAACAUACUAGGCAAUUCUGUGCGUGCAUUUCAAAUCUCACUGCUCGUUUCGUUUUGUUUCCCUGACAUACCAGGCUCACGGUUCGUGCAAUUUUCUACCAAAUGGGUACUAGUUCAUGCAUUUACUAUUGUACUACACACACGUUUCGUGUGUUUACAACCCAUGAACAGAACUUUGGUUUGUUACAAUGACUGUUAUUAAGCUAUUAUGUUCACUUAUUGUAUAUUGUCAAACGGGCACUGUUUGUUUCACAACUAUAAUGCUGGGGCAUAGCUCACAAACAAUGUUUCACAUAAACCACACUGACCCCUACAGGUCACUCUCAAAAUCUCAUGUUAACCUUGCAUUUGGAUUAACCCCUUAAGGACCAAACUCUGGAAUAAAUGAUAUGUCACACAUGUCAUGUAUCCUUCAGGGGUUAAAGGGUAUUUUACCAUACAAUCAGCAUUUCUGACCCCUACUGGUCAACAGCAAAACUGUCUUCACAUGUCAUAUACAAUUACCAGCCAAUAUAAAUUACACAUAAGAUUGUUUUAAACAUAACCAUAAACCAUGAAUUAAACUCCAACACGGGCUCAACUUCAGGUUUAAUUCACAAUAAUUUACAUUUCACAUUAAGACUAACAGUGGUUCUAUCAACACUGCCACCUACAGGUCUGUCAAGUACAUUGACAAUUUUCAUGGGGUUUUACAAACACCAAAACAUUGACCCCUAUAGGUCAACAGACAAACAACAUUUCACAUACCAAUCAGUAUCAACUACACUGCCACCUAUAGGGCACUCGGCAGAUCUCCAGUGCACUUGCAUUUUGCAACUCCAUGUUCACUUUCCAUUCAAUAAGGCAUACAACAAUUCACAUAGCAAGCAGUAUAUCAAUAUCUGUUAUAAAUAUACAUAUUAUUACACAGUAGCACACGCAUCUGUAUAUACGUAACUGAUAAUAUGGUUCACAUACAUACGGCACUUAAUCGCUUAAGAUUGAUACAUAUUUAACCAGUAUGGAUAUGAUGUUUAAUAUUUACAUAUCACAGCACUUUACUUUCACAUAUACUGUAUGUUUUAAGAUAAACUUGGUCUAUGCCAUAUUUCCUUAUGCCAUACGGUUUUAUCCAUUCAGGUUACAGUUACUACUAAAAAACCUAUACGGAUUGUCAGGUUCAAUACCAUACUACCAGGUACGUACACCUGCUCACAUAGUUAUCCAUCUCUUACCUUCCCUGGAAUAGUAAUAGUGUACCGGCAAUUAGGGUUCUAGGGCCCAAUAGGUAUUACCCCCUUUUUUCUCUGCAUUAUGCUUCAGUUAGUGGUCACGCGAGGCCAACACCCCGCCUCACACUCUGAGGCAUACACCCCUCGGGCCACUCGUGAGCUAGCCGCCUCGCAUUGUAUCAUAGAGAGGGCCUCACCUGUCACUCCCCUUCCUAUUUUUCUGGUUAUUGUCACCGAGAGGCUAACAUCCUGCCACAACGUUCGGUGGCCACACAAAAUCCCCUCGUGCCAAGCAUAGAUAGAGCCUCUCAAGCCACUUGGCAACUAGCAGGGCCUCACCAGUCACCAAAAAAAAAACACCAAGCCUAAUCGUUUCGCCUUACGGCUUAGCUAGCAAGCCGGUACAAGACCCCUGGGUACAAAUAUAUAAUUGCAAUCUUUAUUGUUAUUUAAGUAUUUCUCAAAAAGAUGGUAAGAAUCACCUCUUCCUAGCACCACGGCUAGAAGUGAUACACCUUCAUCUCUUACCUUCCCUGGAAUAGUAGUAAUGUACUGGCAAUUAGGGUUCUAUGGCCCAAUAGGUAUUACCCCUGUUUUCUCUGCUUUAUGCUUCGGUUAGUGGUCCCGCGAGGCCAACACCCCGCCUCACACUCGGAGGCAUACACCCCUCGGGCCACUCGUGAGCUAGCCGCCUCGCAUUGUAUCAUAGAGAGGGCCUCACCUGUCACUCCCCUUCCUAUUUUCUGGUUACUGUCACCGAGAGGCCAACAUCCUGCCACAACGUUCGGUGGCCACAAAAAAAAUCCCCUCGCGCCAAGCAUAGAUAGAGCCUCUCAAGCCACUUGGCAACUAGCAGGGCCUCACCAGUCACCAAAAAACACCAAGCCUAAUCGUUUCGCCUUACGGCUUAGCUAGCAAGCCAGUACAAGACCCCUGGGUACAAAUAAUAAUUGCAAUCUUUAUUGUUAUUUAAGUAUUUCUCAAAAAGAUGGUGAAGAAUCACCUCUUCCUGGCACCCCGGCUAGAAGUGAUACACCUUCAAGCAGAGGAGAUGUGGCUCCGACCUAAGGAGGCGACAAAUCCCCUACCCUGCCACAGCAAGGAAAGCAGAGUUAUUCAAACUCCUCCAUACAUCAACGGACAACACGGAGGCAGGGGAAGGCCCAGCAACACCAACUCAGGUGACACCCAGGCCAUGCUAGCCUCACUCAAACUCAUGAGCCAAAAAUUUUUACGACAGACUGGCAAUUUCGAGUCAGUCACAGCCCUCACAAGGCUGGGCCUCACGCUACUGUACAACCAGCACCAACCGAAACUCGGUUACUUGGUACAAGACGUUAACCCUGCACAUAUGAUCCCGGCACAUUGGGGAAACAAGGCAUAUAUAUGUAUGAUGAUGUAUCUAUGAUGGUCAGACCCAGGGAUUCUAGGUAAAUCGGGAACUGACCAUCCCUUGGUUGUGUUGGCAUUUGGAAUAUGUAGAGAUGCUUAUUUGUGCAGGUACCCAUACAGAAGGGAUUUUCUCCCAAACAAACAGGCGAGCACUCUCAGGCUCCAGGUACCAGCACCUCUGAACUACCAGAGACAAUUGGUAUUAGUAGUUGCAUUGCAUAUAGACUGUUGCAUAUAUGUUCAAAUCAUUCAGGGCACAUGACAAACCAUGUGUCCCAAUACAACUUACAAAUAACGUACUCACCAUCUGUACACACCAAUGCAUUUUCAACACUACUGACUCAUCACCCUUCCAGACUUGUAGUAGAGUUACUAAGGCUCUGGAGCUUCAAAGGGGUCCCAUACAGGUAUCAUAAAUAAACUCUCAAGGAAUAUAGCAUGCCCUCACUUACAGUCAGCACAACAGAACCGUCGGCUGUAAACACACUCAUAGCCAAGAUUUGCAGAGGGGUUUUUACUUGGGUUUUCCAAUCUCCACCAUUUACAGCAUGGCACCAAACACAAACGCAUUGGUAUUGUCACAAGGGAAUCUUCCCUUAAACAAAGACUAACCAUAGACUUAUUGGCACCACACACCUUCGCUACCCCAAGUCUCAACUCCCUCAUACCCUCCGAGGAGUUUCCUUACUAUACACACCAUUGAUCUACCUUUACAGCUAUCACUCAAGCAGGAGUUGAAGCUUCGUUAAGUAAGACCAAUAUCAUCAAACUGGCACUUACAUGGCAUAAAAUGGGCAAUCCUUUCCCCGCUAAAAGCAGCUGCUGUGGCAUGGGGUAAAUCAUGGUCAGGGUCAUCAAUCCGUUGUUACUCAGACAACUAAGCACAUGUCAUAUCAUCAACAAAUGCCACUCAUCAUCCAUACGAUCAUGGUAUUGCUGGGGAACUCACUUGGUUGGCCACUUACCACAUUUCUUUUACUUUCAUGUACCAGGCGUUGGUAUACAUCCUUGCCGACAAUUGUCUCAUUUAUAUUCCAGGCACGUUUAUC